GUAGACGUUCGGCUCCUGUCAGGUGGAGAUUGAGUGGCGGAGCUGAAGGAGUUGUGGGGGCUGGUGUGAAGGGUCUGGGGGCAAGGAGCAGCUCCUUUCCCGGACACAGUGCGGCCUGGCCUCCGGUGCCAUGAAGAUCUGGAGCUCGGAGCACCUCUUCAGAUUCAUAAGCUCCUGGGACUCUGCAUUGCAGAAAGAACUGGAGGACUGUUAUUUCUGUGAAGGGUUGUGUGCGUCUCUGUGUGAAAAACAAGUAACAUUUCCCAUUGGAAGCCAUCCCUGGGAGACAGUUAUCAAAGCUGCGAUGCGUAAAUACCCCAAUCCCAUGAAUCCCAAUGUGGUAGGAGUGGAUGUGUUGGAGAGAAAUCUCGAUACUCGAGGAAGACUGCAUAGCCAUCGUCUGCUUAGUACCGAGUGGGGCCUCCCCAGCAUUGUUAUAGCUGUAAGUCCGUAAGCAUCAUUUUGUACAAUAUUUUCUGUUUAUUUGAAUACCCAUUGGUUAAUAUUACUAAAACUAAAACAAGAGGUUUUUAUGGUCUAAUAUCUUAAUUUGUAUGAAUCACUCAUGUCUAGAUCCCGGUUUGUACAUUUGACCCAUACAAGACUAGGUGCAGAAUAAUCUGAUUUCUGCAUUAAAUCCAGAAGAAUAAUAAACUGAAAAAAAUAUUGCACAUGAAGGCUAAGGUAGUAAUAUGUUCUUUUCAUACAUACGAACAAGUAAAAGAGUGGGCUACUCAGUCCUUCAAGCCUUCUCCACCAUUCAGCAGAGUCAGAGAA